CAAGAACAAAAUGUCUUCCUCAGCCGAGAAGAAGCCCAGGCGCAAGCAGCAGCAGAAGACGUACGAGUCUGAGCCCGAAGAGCUUUCGUCCGCAGAGGAGAGCCCCCCACCUCGCCGCAACCGCCAGAUGCAGAGGCGAGGACAAAAGAAGCAGCAGGGCGGCGGCGGCGGCGGCGGCCUGGGAGGUGACCUCCUGGGCGGUGGUGGCCUCGGAGGCGUCGGACAAACAGCCAACGGCCUCGUCGGCGGAGCCACGGGCGCGCUAGGCGGCAUUGCAGGCCAAGCUAUGGACCAGGGCGGCGGCAAGAGCGACACGCUCCGCCUGCGUCUGGACCUCAACCUCGAGGUUGAAAUCACACUCAAGGCCAAGAUCCAUGGUGACUUGGAGCUGGCGCUACUGAACUGAGAGAAAUCAUAUUCUUCAAACGACCCUCCUUUUUUCUUUUUCUUUUGUUUACCUCGUUUCGCGAUACCUUUACACUCUUGAAUAAUUCGACGAAUGGGACCAGGUUCCACCCAAGACUACUGAUCUGAACAAGGAAUCCCCGGGAAGGUUUAGCUCGGUUGUCGGAUGUCAUCGAGAUCUUCGGUUGUUCCGGGUGGGUUUGGGAACUGUUCAUGAAAGCGAUUGGCUGCCUAUAAUAUGACUUGUUAUGAGGCGCAUGUUGAGGGCUUAUUUUGGUAAUUAGCCUUGUGGAGUUCGUCACAUCUCGUUUGCCUUCUUUUCUCUGACCUGUCAUCUGUCAUUAUUUGCUGUACUAUAAGAGAACGAACAAUGUGUUUGAUAGACCUUUUCGGAUACUUUUGACUUUGGCUGAAAUCAUACUUCAA